UCAGGCGGCGGCGGCCGCCGAGUGGGACACGGGAGGUGGGAGCUGGGGGACCGGCAUGGACGUUUCAGGGCAGGAGACCAAUUGGCGGAGCGCCGCAUUCCGGCAGAAGUUGGUCAGUCAAAUUGAGGAUGCCAUGAGAAAAGCUGGUGUGGCCCACAGUAAUUCGAGCAAGGAUAUGGAGAGCCAUGUGUUCCUGAAGGCCAAGACCCGGGAUGAAUACCUCUCUCUGGUCGCCAGGCUCAUUAUCCAUUUUCGAGACAUUCAUAACAAGAAAUCUCAAGCUUCCGUUAGUGACCCUAUGAACGCGCUACAGAGCCUGACUGGCGGACCUGCCGCAGGAGCAGCUGGAAUUGGCAUGCCUUCUCAGGGCCAAGGACAGUCCCUGGGCGGGAUGGGCGGCCUUGGCGCCAUGGGGCAGCCAAUGCCCCUCUCCGGGCAGCCACCCCCGGGCCCCUCAGGGAUGGCUCCCUACGGCAUGGCUGUUGUGUCUACGGCAGCUCCACAGAGUGAGUACCACGCUUCCGAGACCCUGACACAUUCUCUCAAGGCAACAUGUAUUUUAUUCUUUUGGUUAAGAUGGUAUCAAGAAAAGCACGGGAAAGCUCCAGCAAGCUCUGUCUUUUCAUCUUUGUUGGAGAGAAAAGGCUCCAAGCCUUUUCUGGGCUACCAGAAGGGUUAA